AUGCCCCAGAAACAGGUCCCGACCCCGCAGCCCGACGGCCCUCCAGGCGCGUCCACCUCAACGUCGCCCGCUGCCAGGCCGUCGGUGACGCGCUACGCCUGCGCCGCCGCGCCGCCCCGUGACGUCAUGGCGCCCGCGCCGCCGCCGUCUCCGCGGUCGCGUGUGUCUUUUCCUAGUAGCCUGGGCGAUAGCUGUCUUUAUAGUGAAUGUUCACAAGGAUUGUCUUCCGGCAUGGCCUUGGGAUUAAGAUGCUUCCGCUUGGUCCACCCUGUCUUUUGUAACUCCUUUGCAGCCUUGACCAGACCUGUUUCAGAAGUGACGCUGAAGACAGUGAGUGGCAGACAAAGUGACCAUGGACAAUACAUGGCCUCACCAGCUGUACCAAUCCGUUAUUUCGCUACCAAGAAAGCCAAAGCCAAAGGGAAAGGACAGUUCCAAACCAGAGUGAAUCUUAAUGCUGCCUUGAUUGAGGAUAUAAUCAGCUUGGAAGAGGUGGAUGAAGAAAUGAAGUCUGUGAUAGAAGCGCUCAAAGAUAAUUUCAAUAAGACUGUCAAUAUAAGGACCUCACCAGGAUCCCUUGAUCAUAUCACUGUGGUAACUGCUGAUGGGAAGCUUGCUUUAAACCAGAUUGGCCAGAUCUCCAUGAAGUCUCCACAGCUGAUUUUGGUGAAUAUGGCCAGCUUCCCAGAGUGUACAGCUGCAGCUAUCAAGGCUAUAAGAGAAAGUGGAAUGAAUCUGAACCCAGAAGUGGAAGGGACGCUAAUUCGGGUGCCCAUUCCCAAAGUGACCAGGGAGCACAGGGAAAUGCUGGUGAAACUGGCGAAACAGAACACCAACAAGGCCAAGGAUUCUUUACGGAAAGUUCGUACCAACGCAAUGAAUAAGCUAAAGAAAUCAAAAGACAAGGUCUCCGAGGACACCAUUAGGCUCGUAGAGAAACAGAUGCAUGAAUCCCAAAGUCUGGUAGCUGUGGGACCUCACGCCUACUGCCAGCACUGACCUCCUGAGGCUGUCAUCCAAGGGAAGCUGAAGCUGUAACCAGGGAGUGAGGCAACAGAGGGAAGCGGUUUGACCUGUGUGGGUGUCAGGGACCCAGUGGGUGAGCAAGCGAUGGGGCAGGGGUUAGAAACAGGACAAUAGUCAAUCAGGAGGGUUCAGAGACCCACAAGGAGGAGGGACGGAUAGGGAGAGGUGAGUCAGAGAGAGGAGAGGGAGACAGAGACAGAGGCAAUGAAGAGACAGAGACACGACAUGAAGGCCAGAGGGAGGGAGAAAGAGGCAGAAUCAGAGAGACAAAGACACACACACACACACACACACACACACGCACGCGCGCGCACACGUGCACAUACACAUACAGGCACAGAGUCCGCAGGUAGUGACAGAGAGAUGGAGAUAGUCAGAAAGAAACAGAGGGUGAGAGUGAGACUGUCAUCCCAAAGAGAUAUUCUGAGACACCUAGAAGGAGAGACACUGAGAUAGAGACAGAGACACAGAGGGAGAUAAAUACACGCGAAGAGAGAACACGACAGAAAUCCAGGGGAUGAAACACAGAGGCAGUUAAGACAGGAAGAAAGGAAGGAAAGAGAGAAAAGAAAGAGAAAGAACAGAACAGAAAACCAGGAGGAGACACAUGUAGCCAGAGCUGGAGACUGAGUGAGGCAGAGGGAGGCGUGGGGGGAGAGCGAGCUGUUGAGCUGGUGGCCGCACAGCCCCCGACGGCCGGCCAGCCCCGUGUGUGCAGGGUGUGGGUGGAGGAAGAGACUGCACCAGCCCGGGCCAGGGCUGCAGGGACCAGAUAAGGACGCCUGCCAAAGGAAAGCGGGGAAGGAAAGACGUUUACAAAUCCCCCCGGGGGGAGAAAGCCAGGGAGGCUGCCCCAGGCCUAGAGAACAAUGGGUACUUGACUUCAGUGGGUCAUUAAUGAGACAAUUAAUGGAAAGAGUAACAGAGGCCUCCCCAGGGAGGACUCAGAGGGUGGAUGAGUGGAAUUAUUGUGGAGGGCGGUUCUAAGGUCGGGGGGUGGGGGGGUCUGUCCCCACACUCCCAGAUGUCCAGCAUGCCAGUGGCAGAUUCCCGGUCUGGGGCUUGGGGCCUCCCUCAGCUCUCCACACAUGCCCUGUGCUCCCUCCACCCUGGACCCUUGCCAGCCCCCCUUUCCUAUUCCCGUGCCUUUGCUGCUGCCGCUUCCUCUACCUGGAAUGUCAUCCCUUGAUUAUCUCCAUCUAUGGAAACCCUGCCCACUCCAGGGGUAAAUAAGCGUGGCACAUCCAUAGAUGCCCUGCUGAGGCAGAGCCACAUGUUUGAAUAAGAAGAGAGCCCCAGAAACAUAAUGGGCCGUGGAAAAAGCAGGCAGAGUCAGAGAUACGGUGUGACGCCCCUUACGUAAACUAGAAGGACAUAAAAUAAUUUUUAAAAAUUAUUCCUGAUUCCAUUUUGCAUUAUACAUUCACUUCUUAAAGGGAGGGUUGUGAAGAGAUUCUUAACCAAAUUCAUAAUGGGAUUGCCACUGGGGAUUGGGGGAAAAGCUUAAAGGUACCCGAAAGACAUCUCAUAUAUGUGGAUAGAAAUGAAAACUUGACCAAGUGUUAAAAUUUGGGGUUGUGAAAAUAGGAGUGGUUGUUCCUUUGUUCUCUGGUUUUGUUUUAAAAUUUUUUUUCCAGAGAGAGACAUCUUAGCUCUCCCCUAGACCCAGCUGAAGGCCAUUCCUGCAGGAAGCCUUCCAGGAAUCCAUCCACCAAUCAGAUGUGGUCUCCCUUUUCCCUGGCAUCAGUCUCUGAAGGCUCAAAGCGCUUUCCUUCUUGUGUUUUCCUUUGUGAUGUUCAUAGACUGUCUUCCCCACUGGACAGGAGCCCCUGGAGGACAGGGACUUCCAGCACCAGGCCGGCUCAGAGCCCGUGCCCAGGGGUGUCUGUGAGAUUGAACCUAGCUCUCCCAUCCACCACCGUGGGAGGCAAACCACCAAGGCUCUGAUGACAUCUUAGAUCCAAUACCCACAAAUCAAUUUUGGGGAGAGAGGGGUGGGCUCCUGAAAUUCAAAGCAUUCCUUCUAGAAUGGGGAUCUGGGGGAGGGGGCAGCUGCUACCCAGAAAUGUUUAGGAGGUCUUGUUUGCUGUGACCAGAAAAUAACCUGGUCCUAGUUAACUAGUGUCUGUAGCACCAUGGCUAAGAAAACCCAAUGUAGUCCCAGCUAGUUCCCCCUCCCUAGUGAGGUAGAGAGGCAUUUAGCUCCUCCCACUCAAAUCUACCUGUUAAAAGAAUCCCUAUUCCACUGGCCCCCAGUGAAUGCCAGUUGCUGGUAAAAUGGAGCUGUUGUAGAGGUGGGAGGAGGGAGAAGGACCAAGUGCUUGCCCACCCAUCCAGGCAGGCGUGGCCCGACCCUAACAGCAGAGCCCAUCUCCUGAGCACUUCGAACUCCAGGCUCUGCCCUGAGAUACAGUAUCUAAUCUGAUUCUCACAGAGUGCUUGCUCUACCAAGUUGGACUCAGAAAGUCUAAAGGACUUUGUCGAUGGCCCUUAAAUGGUGAAACUGGGACUCUAGUCUGACCUGGUUGGUAGGUGGAGGGGAUGUCUCUGGUGUGGGCGGUGGGGCUGCAUAGCUCUCCUUACUUCUAGGCAACUCCCCCUGCCCUGCCCUUUCUGUUUGUUUUUGAAGGUAGUUUCCUGGAAUCUGUUGUACAGGGGUCUAGGGUGGCCAGAAGCCCUGGAGGACACUAGUGUGACAGUGCCCUUACCCCCACAGGAAGGAGUCAAUAGCUGGGAGGAGACUGAGGCACAGAGAGGGAAGAAUGCAUCUCUUAACCGCAGAAUACAUGAGUGGUAGCGCUGGGACUUGAACUCAGAUUUCCUGACUGCCUCUGGCUCCCCUGGCUGUCCGUAUAGCAGGGCAGACCUCUCCACAGGAUUUUCAGUCUGCUGGGCUUUGUGGUAUCAUAAUGUCGUCGUGGGACAUAAGACUACAGAGUUUGGGGAACAGGGAGAGAACUUAGAGAUUGUCUCCUUCGGCUCCCUGUUUGCAGUGAUGGGGAAUUUAAGCCCCAAAGAAGGCAAAUGACUCACAAGGCCUUUUUGAUGUCAGGAAGUCCAGGCCAAAAAAAGCAGCCUCAUGAUCCACAGAAUCCCUUGGAUUCUCAGAAGCUAUUGACUCCAACUUUAGAAUGCAUUUUAAUAAUAGGUGACUUGGGGGGCGCCUGGGUGGCUCAGUCAGUUAAGCGUCCGACUUCAGCUCAGGUCAUGAUCUCACGGUUCAUGUGUUCAAGCCCUGC